AUGGAAGCAAAAGUGCCAUCAACAAAGAAAGGUUUGCAGUCACUGUUGGGCAAGAUCAAUUUCCUAAGAAGAUUUAUCUCAAACCUUAGUGGGAAAACGCAAGCAUUUUCGCCUUUGCUUCGACUCGACAAGGAAGUGUUCGAAUGGGGGCAAGCUCAGCAAGUGACGUUUGAUAAGAUCAAACCAUACUUGAGCCACCCACCAAUUUUGACGCCAUCUUGUAUAAAUAAAAGUAUGAGAUUGUACAUAUCUGCAUCUGAUAAAACCUUAGGGAGCAUGUUAGCACAAGAGGAUGAUAAUGGUGUCGAAAUAGCUAUUUAUUACCUCAGUAUGGUUUUAAACGAUGCAGAAACUAGAUAUAGCAUGAUCGAAAAGUUGUGUUUAUGCUUAUAUUUCUCCUGUAAAAAACUGAAGCAUUAUAUCAAACCUGUUGACGUGUAUGUUUCAUCUCAUCAUGAUAUUAUUCAACAUAUGUUAUCUAAACCAAUUUUGCAUAGUCGAAUUGGGAAAUGGGCAUUGGCAUUGACUCAAUUUUCCUUAACAUAUAUGCCAUUAAAAGCCGUGAAAGGCCAAGUAGUAGCAGACUUCAUAGUCGAUCACUCCAUUGACGCCGACGCUUUAAACUAUGUUGAAUUAGGACCAUCGAAGCUAUACUUCGACGGAUCUAGCCAUAAAAAUGGCACAGGUGUCAGAAUUGUAAUUAUUUCUCCAAAUAAAAUUCCAACGACAUUCCAAUAUAAAGUAGAAGGCAUUUGUUCGAAUAACGAAGCUGAAUAUGAAGCCCUCAUAGCAGGACUUGAAAUGUUGUUGGAAUUGGGGGCAACUUGGGUCGAGAUAAUGGGAGACUCAGGGUUAGUCAUAAAACAGAUCACGAAAGAAUAUAGGUGUGUUAAGGAGAAUCUGAUCAUGUAUUUUAUAAUCGCCAGUCGAUUGUUAAAAAAGUUCGAAAUGGUUUAUAUUCGACAUAUACCACGAAUAGAGAACAUGAUAGCUAAUGACCUGGCCCAAAUUGCAUCUGGGUAUAAAAUUUCAAAAGAAAAUUUGCACAAAGUCAUAGAACUCAGAGGAAAGGUGUUGGCAACCAGAUUAACUCCCUUGGAUUUAGAAAAGACAAGAUUAGGAUGUGCUGAUGAGGGAAAUUUUGAAAUAUUGGCGAUAGACAGUUUGGAAGAUGAAGACUUGAGAAAGCCAAUAGUAGUAUACCUACGGAAUCCCACAGCCUCUACUGAUUGA